AUGGAGCAAGGCACUUCGCACUCCUGCGUAGCCCUUCAAGGUGCCUGGCUUCGAGAGUUUCCCCGAGUAUACAUCAACCACCCAUCCUCCCAGACCCCCAAUCGCCUUCAAGUCUUAACAGUUGCCACUCAACUAUACUAUACACCCCCGUCGACAUACAAUAUGCGUGUCUCUACUUUCAUCGUCGCUCUCGCGACUACUCUGGCUGUUGAGUCGGCUGCGAACAAGAUUAACAUGUCUUGCCUGUUCGCAGCCGAUCGUACCGGCAUGAUACAGUACCCUUUCUGUUGUCGUGACAUGAAGCCUGCGAGAGGCAAUCCAAAGGCGAAUGAGGCCCUGGAUUGCCAGCAAUUGACCGAACCUCAGCUAUGCGAGGAUCAGUCGCGUCCUGCUUGCUGCUAUACUGUUGGCCCCAAGAAGAUUUGUACCUCGCACGUUAUCUUCCAGAAUGCCGAGGACGUUUGA